CAUGCGUUCAUGUCUUCCCGCAUCGCGAAACCGCGUAACGUUGUCCUUGGCGACUACUACGGAAAUGACCUCGCAGGCUUCCACCAAUACGGCGCGGUGUCCUGGAACACGUUCUUCAGGUGGCUCUCCGCGCUCCUCGACACCACCGAAUCUUGGAUCAUCGUCAUGGGCGACCGGCACGCGUCGGAACAGUACUCUCCCUCAAAUGCCGUCGUAAUGCCGGGCAGAUACACUCUUCUUGCAUCAGACCGGACCCCCAUCCGUAUCAAUCUUGUAGCCACGAACGCCCGGCGACGGCAAACCACCAUACCCCGAGUGAAGAAGGGCGAACUCAAUCUCCAUCACGCGCGCGAAAGAGACCGGAAGAGUAUGUCCCCCGUAACUGAGCUAUCUUGGUGCAAACUACAAGCCGCACACAUCUUCUCGGCACCCCACCCUUCGGAGGUGCGUAUAGCAGUCUGGCUCCACGGCCACAUGCCUUGCGCGUUCGGGUGCGGUCCGCACAUCGAGCUCAUCGGAUAGCUUCGAACUUCUGCGUCUGGCAGUUUCGGGGUGUCCACCCCAAAACCUACCACUCGUACGCGCGGGCAGUUUAUAUCCUCGUUCUCAGGUUGGUUGCUCAUCAUGCUACAGUUGGAACGUAAAGUCUGCUUUACUUGUGUUACGCGUGCAGGGACGGCGCCAACACCCCGUACGUCACCGUCCGCACCCAAGCACGCCUCCUUGCAGAACAUGUUGCUGCUCCGUGAAGACCUCCACGGCGCAUGGGCAGAUUAUGAAUUUGGCAUCGACCCCGAUGACGGUUACCGCAUAACGGCUUUCGUAUCUGGACACGACACCCUCGCCGGACGCGUUCUACAGCCUGAUGAGAUUUCGGACCCUGCCACGCGCCCCCUUGACCAGCCUCUCCGCGACCACUUCCUACAAGGCCUGCUCAAACAUGUUAAAGGGCGUGGCGAGCGGCACUGGGACUUCCGCAGCGGUGCCCUGGACCUGUCCGACGUGAAGGUCUGGGGCACCAAGGAGGGCAAGGAGCGUCUGGAGCUCGAGCUGGAGAACCGGUUGUUUGAUCAUCGGUUCAAGCAGAGCAACAUGAUCAGCGAGGAUUGAUUUCUUGGGCAUUCAGUGAGUUCCGGUUCAUUUUCUCCUUCUCCCAUGGAAUACUGUACUUUGGUGUCAUAUACACGGGCGCACCGGUAAUUGGUAAUAUGGCACAUACACGAUGGUUCCCAAUGC